CAAGGAUAGCUCGCGUGAUUGUGCUUUCGUUGAGCUCUACUCAACAUUCUGGAUUGUGCGAAAAUCGUUUCGAAAGGACUAUGCCCUCUGUUAGCAAGAAGAAGAAGAAAGAGCAAGAGUUUUUUCUUCCGUAAGAAGGUUUUUAAACACGAGCAAAAAUAAACAGCACAACAAAACUCACCGAACAACAUCAAAAGAACCAUGCUAGGCCCCGGCGGUCCGCAGGGAAGCGGCGCUGGCCAUGCGGCGUCGUCCUCCACCCUGCAUAAAAACCACUACGCGCCGCCGCAGCGCAACCAGAGCUCGAGCUCGACCCAUUUCGGGCUUUCGCCGCAGCCGUUGAAGCUUAAUCAAGCAGCCCACCAAGGCCCGUUGCUCUCGUCGAGGCGGAGCAACCGCCACACGGCGCACGGGGGCAUGCUGUCCUUUCACCAAAACGUCGCGACGUUAAACAACCCAUCAAGUAGCAGUUCUGCGCUCGGAGUCGCGACGAAUUUGCAGAACUCGAACAUAAUACAACCCCAGACGAACAUCGUGAAUGGUGGAAGCGUCGUGGUGCAACCAGGCGGAGGUGCAGGCGCAGGUUCCUCCGUGGUUUCCUCCAGCGUGACGACGGCUCUGUCGCAGAACCAACACCAUCUCACCCGCUCGCCAGAUCUCCGCGCCACCCACCAUGGCGCGUCGAGCAGUAGUUCGAGCUCUACUAGCAGGACGAAUCUGAAUCAACAGCCCCCGCCUGGGCAAUCUCCGAUGGUGCACACGGCCGGUGGUGGAGCAGCAGCUUCGACGGUUGGGCAGCAGUCCACAACAGGCGCCGGAGGUUUCAUGAUGGGUGGUGCUUUGCAGCACAAGCAGGAUAUCAAGUGUAAAAAUACUUGUGAUGCUGGGUCGCGUCUCAUGAUGAGGCCACAUAUGCUGGCGGAGCAUGACAAGUUGCUGAGCUGUUCUAGGUGUUUUGCCUAUUCUGCAUGACAGACUGCGUUUCUGCAUCACAGAAAAAUGGAGCUCUUGGGUAACGUGCAUGACAGAUUUAAGAGUCAUGCCAGACAAGCAUGACAAGCGACAUGUUUGCACUUGAUACAGGAACUGAUCCGGCAACUGCAGCAGAGCGAGCAGCAAAAUCAGGACUAUCCUGUGCAAAAGUAUCGUACUCGUAGUAAUUGCGGUUAUGCAUUACAAAUGUUUUUCCUAAGGUCAAUCAGCAUUACAAAUUCCAUUUCUCAUGCUGAGGAAAUUCGUAAUGCAAUUCAUACUAGUAAGAUGCUUUUGCAGUUCAUAAGGAACUGCUGAAAACAAUAGAAGAAAUGAAGGAGCAGAGAAGGCAAAGCGAACAGAAAAACAACGAGAUAACAAGGUACUAUGUAUACAUAGUGCGUAAAAAUGUUUGGUAUCGGUGUUGUGCAUCUGUGCAUUACAGCAGUAGACGCACAUCAUUUAGUACAUCUACAUGCGGACCGUGCAACAUGACACACGAAACGAUCUCAUAAAUGAAAUUGAAAAAAUUAUCCAACACUCAUCACAGCAUUCUCCAGGGCCUAGAGCAGCAAUUCUCACAAGUGAUGGGCGAUCGCGACAAAGUAUCACAGGAAAAAGUGUUAACGUUAACGGCAUUUGUAAUGCAGCAAUGCAUCACAAAACGUGCCUAAAUUUGUCAUGCUUAGCAUGCAUAUUGGGCUACAUUUGUGAUGCAUGACUGCAAUCUGUGAAAACCGUUCACGUUAACACUUUUUCUUGUGAUACAAAGCGCAGCAGCUGCAGCAGAAGGCCGAGAAAGAACUCCGGGAGAAAAAGUCCGCUGACUCCAGCAGCGUGACAAAACUCGAGCAGGAGCUGCAGAAGUACCGUGAUGAGAAGCGGGAUCGGAUGCUAUGCAUCGCAAAAGUAUCGUACUAGUAUAAACCAGCCAUGCUCCGGCUGCCGCCGGAGCGCAAGGCUGUUGGGCCCGGGCAGGACAGUUUGCCGAUCGGACCACAACGCCACGGGCCUGGGCACAACGAAACAUAGCGGAGUCCUGCGCAACGAAACAUAAUGGAGUUUGCGCCGCGCCAACCCGCAGGACCACUUGCGCGCCUCCCGCGCCUGUGGGCGCUCUGCGCAGGGAGCAGCUGCAAAAAACACCGGGGGCGAACAGAAGCCACCCGGCGGGAGAGGGUGGCGCAAGAGGGUGGCGCGAGAGGGUUGCGCGAGAGGGUGGCGCGAGAGGGUGCGCGAGAGGGUUGCGCGAGAGGGUGGCGCAAGAGGGUGCGCGAGAGGGUGGCGCGGAAAGGAGCCGAGCAAAAAAAGUCCGCGAAUGGCCUGCAGUGCCAAAUAUGGGUAGUUCCUUCCAUGCGGAUUUGCGCCCGCUUCUUUGUGGUUUACCCUCUCGCAGACCCCUCGCAGACCCUCUUUUUGACCUCUUUUGGGGGUCCCCGCUAAUAGUCCGGCUAUACUCGCGGGUAGAGGUCGACAGAGGUGGCCGGGAGGUGGCCAAGAGGGUCCGCGAGAGGUCGCCCCUUAGUCGCGCCACCUCUCUCCACCUCUGUCGACCUCUCGCGCCCCCUCUUUUUGACCUCUCUGCGCCCUCUGUGCCACUUAGGCGGCGCCUAAGGGUGGGCGCUUACUGCGGGCCUUAUUCGCGCACCCUCUCGCGGACCCUCUCGAACGGGGUCCUGCGCCACCUCUCCACCUCUGUCGACCUCUUUUUUACCUCUCGGCCACCUCUCUGGGACCCUCUGUCUACCUCUUUUUUCGCAUUAAUAUAAUGUAUAGCAAUCGCAAUACAAAUUUUUCCAGAAGGAAGAAUGGAAUUUGUAAUGCUGAUUUCGCUAAAAAACAAGAUUUGUCAUGCAUGAUUGUAAUUAGUACGAAUACGAUACUUGUUUUGCACAGGAUACAUGCGGAUACAUGACGACAAGCAGAAGGAACUGAAAAAGUACAUCCACGUCGUGGAAGAGAAUCUGAAAAAGCACCAAGAUUCCCUGCUUAUCUCGUGCAACUAUGUCUGGGUCUGGAAAGUUGGAACUUGUAGUGCUGGCCUUGCAUUCCGGUGAAAUCUGUAUUGCGUGACCAACAAAAGCGGCAGCGGCAGCCUCUCGCGCCAUACAAAAACGCAGUUUCUCAUGCGGAGUUCGUAUGAUAAAGCGUUGUGCAGACUUGUCAUGCUUUCCUGCAUGAAGAAGUGUUUUCAUCAUGCACAUUUUAGCAUCACAAAUUUCCACACCCAGACAUAUUUGCACUUGAUACUGCUCUUACUGGAGCAAAAAAACUCGGAGCUGACGGAUGAGCUGCACGAUUGCCGGGAGCAGUUGCACGAGGAAAGGAAUUAUCAAAUGCAAAAAUGUCUGGGUCUGGAAGAGUCUGUCAUGCAGUUUCUGCAUGACACAGAAGGUCUGGCAUGGAAGCUCUAGCAUCAGAGGUCUCGAGAAGCUUCCGCAAUGCCGAAUCCGCAUGACAAAUCCCCCAUUUUGGUGACAGAAAGUUGGCAGCUUUUGCUACCUAUGCAUGAGAGAUUUUUCAGUGUUCUGAAAUGCGCAUCACAAGGAUAAUUCUCUCAGACCCAGACACUUUUGCAUUUGAUAGGAUUUUCAACAGCGGCAACGUGGAGAACAACGAGCAUGUGCAAAGGCUCGCAACGGACCUGGAAGUCGCGCUGGAAAGGAUAAGUAAUUUUUCUUUUUCAUGUGUUCGGAAUAAGUAGCAGUAGGUGGUAAUGGUAUAGAUGAAGCUACACGCAUGACAGAAUCGUCUUGUCCUCUCUCCUUCGCAUCAGAAAUUCAACUCACUUUUAUAUUCUUCAAACCCUCACUUCUUACCAGAUACCCUCCAGCAGAAGCUCGAUGCACAUGAGCAGAAGUUUGGAUCUGGGUGCAGCUCCCACGAGCAAAGUGGUGGAGCUCCCAGUGGCUGCGCCAGUCAGCGUAUCCUGUGCAAAAGUUGUAUCGCACUCGUAGUAAUUGCAUUUAUGCACUACAAAUCUCUUUCUUAAGGCAAAUCAGCAUUACAAAUUUCAUUUGUAAAAAUGCAGAGAAAAUUUGUCAUGCCAUUUCUACUAGUACGAUGCUUUUGCAAUUCAUACAACAGCAGGACAGCUCGGUCACCGCGAUGGAAUACUGGAAGCUCCGGGAUAAGGUCCGGGAGGAAGAAGCCGCAUCGCAGGCACGAUCCGAGCAGAAGGAGCGGAAUGCAAGGGAGAUGCGAAUUAUGCAAUACAAAUUUAUUCCUGUAUAACACGUUGGACAAAAUGCAUCACAAAUUUUACCCCCUUAGCGCAACAUCAUGCGUAUGCCAUUUAUCAUGCUGAAUAGGAUGGAAAUAAGAAAUGGCUUUGUCAUGCAGAAUAAACCGCAUUUGAUCUUGAUGAUGUACAACGUGUGCGGGCCGCUGAAGUUUCUUAUGCAUACGCUUGCAAGCGGAGAAGGAAAAAAGAGAGGCAGAGAAGGUGGUCCGAGAGUCGAACAAAAGGAUCAAAGACGCUGAGAGGAAGGCGGAAGACGCAGUAUUUUUGUGAUUUUUUCAUUUGAUGUAGUUUAUGCAUGACAACAUCAGUCGUCGUGGGCGUUGUAUCAUGUUUAUGCAACACAAAUUCUACCACAGACCCGCUUUCUCGAGUCCCGCGAGCGCCGGAUUGAGGAGCUGACGGACCGGCUGCACGAAGUGGAGGAAGAUUUCACGAAGUGCAAAGGCCGGGUCGAAGAACUAGAAGAUUUACUCGACCAUAUCCUAUGGUAAAACGUCCCCACACCAUGGUCAAGAUGGAAAAUCUGCAACAGAAAUCUCCAUAUUUUUGGGAGUUCUGCAUGACAAGUUUACAUCUGCAGUGUAGUCCUGGCUAACAAGGAAAGCCGCAUGAGAGUGCCAUUGUCGCAUCCUGUUUACAACAGCAUGACAAAUGCCAAAACACGACUGAAAAUGCCUCUCAUGGAGAUGCGCAUUACAAAUGUUCCUGUCAUUGCGCAUCUGCAUGACAGCUCUUGGGUGGGGACGUUUUUACGCUGUAUAAACCAAAACGAGCAGGAGCACUCUCGGGAGGUCAGCCGCAUGUCUGAAUCGGCCAGUGCGCAGCUGAAACAGAUUGACGCGUAUUUUUUAUAGAUGCUGCUCAUGCUUUACUUGAAGCUAGAGGAAGAUGCUGCCAUGCAGAACUGGCAUGAAUGGUGAAACAACAAUAUGAAUAUAGGAAAUAGCUACUGACGCAGAACGCGCAUGACAACCAGAACCUGUAAAUCCGAAUCGCGCAUGUUGACAAAAAACUCACAUUCUGUAUCCCAGCCUCGAAAUGGAGCUCGACUCAGUGCAGCAAGAGUGGGAAGAGAAGUACACGAAAGAGCGGAAGUACGCAAGAAAAAAGUGUGUAAGUCGUGUAAGUCUGUGAUGCAGAAAAUGGAAAUGCAAAAGACUAUACGCUUGUCAUGCAGCCAGAAGCUACCCAUGAAGUUGAUGUCCUCUUCUCAUGAUGUGCGUUUUCCUUCUCACGUACUAUCUCUGCAUGACAAGCUUCCUCUGUCAUGAGGAGCAAGUUUGUCAUGCUGUCACUUCAGCUGACCCACACAGCACUCACACAGUUUUUUCCUGGAUAGGAGCGCUUUAGAAGAGGACAAGUCUAACCUCUCCAAGGAUCUCGCGAACGUGCAACACGAGAAAUCCAACCUGAUGCUGAAAAUCCAGGACGAAAGGAAACAAUUUGACAAGGACCGGGAGCAAAUUGCGAAGGAAGCGGACAGCAACUAUGAGAAUAUCCUGCGCAAAAGUAUCGUGCCCGUAGUAAUCGCAGUCAAUCAUGCAUUGCAAAUCUCCGUUCCAAAGUAAGACUGCAUGAGAAAUUUCAUUUGUCACGCUGACCGAAUUUGUGAUGCGAUUUCUACUAGUACACCUACUUUUGCAAAGCAUAGACAAGCUCAAGCAGCAACUGGACAAGGAAAAGCAGAAGCUCCUGGAAAAAGAGAAAAAAUACGAGCAGGAACUGAAACAAGUAGAGAAGGACUUCGGAGAAAAAUUGGACAAGCAGGUGGAGGAAGAGAGGAAAACCUCGAAGAAGCUGCUGCGGGAAAAAGACGAGAAGCACUUCGAAGUCCAAAAGGACAUGGAACAAAAGCUCGUUGAAUUCGAAAGCACGUUGCGCGAAAAGGAAGAGGCCUUCAGAGAGGAAGUGGAGAAACAGGUAUUUAUACCUGAAAUUCUGAUGUCAUGCGAAGCUAGGUGUUUCACAUCUUUGUGAUUUUUCCUAUCUCCUAAGCGUUUCAUGUUUGGCACGGUGCAACUGCUAGUGAACAGUGACAGUUACCGAACAAACGCUUCAAUAAAUAUCAGAACGCCACCCACACCAAGACGCUGCAAUCACACGAGGAGGACCUUAAAGAAUAUCGUGGGAAAAAACUGUAGUUUCACUGUGAUGUUGAUUUUGCAAAAAUUGCCUUGCGCGCAUUUCCCAUGAAGGAAAACACGCUUCAGAAUCCAAUGUUUUUCAAGAGGUGUAGCAAGAUAAAUAGUUGUUCUGUCCUCCGUAUUGUCCUAUGCCUCACAAGUUCACAGUGAAACAGUUUUUUCUUGCGAUAAAGAGGCCCAACAGAAGAUUGUCGACCUGGAAAAACUAUGCAUUGCAAAUGUAUCGUGAUCGUCCUGGUAGUAGGUACUGAAAUAAAGGCAAGACUGCAUGACAGGUCUCGCUUUUUCAUAAGUGAAACAGCAUUUUUUUACGUGUGAACAAAUUUGCGAAGAUGCAAUUUCUACUUUGUGCGGUACUUUUGCCAUGCAUAGAAACUCGAGAAACAGCUCAGCUACGAUAUGGAGAAAGAGAAAAAACGGCUAGAAAAGGAGCUCGACAUCGCAAUGAAGAAAGUGGAAGAGGUAUGAUCCUGAGAAAAAACGUCCCCCCUCCACCCCAGAGCUGUCAUGCUGAAGUGCAAUUACAGAAACGCCUGUAAUGCGCAUCGACCUGAGAGGCAUUUCCAGUUUUGUUUUGGCAUUUGUGAUGCUGUAAACAGGAUUAGUGGAAGCAAGGUGGUUUUAUUUUUGAUGCGGGUGCCCUUGCUGACCUGCAUUACGAUACAGCGACGGACUUGUCAUGCGUGACUCCCCAAGCUUCUGGAUUUGUGUUGCAACCUUCACACCUUGACCGUGGGGUUCUGGGGGCGUUUUCACACUGGAUAAGCGGAAUGCGGUGAGAAGAGGGAGCAGGAGAGAAAGUUAUCCUGUGCAAAAGUAUCGUAUUCGUAUAAAUGCAAGUCUGCAUAAUUACAAAUCUCUGUCUUAUGGCAAAUCUGCAUUACAAAUUUUAUUUCUCAUGCUGAGGAAAUUUGUAUAUGCAUUUAUACGAGUGCCAUACGCAUACUUUUGCAAUGCAUAAAAGCUAGCCAGCGAGAAAUUGGACAAAGCGAAAGAGGAGCUCGCUGCCGCGCAGAAAGAAUGGGAAAAGGAGAAACAGGAGCUGAUGGUAAUGUUUGAUGGUGUUGGAUUCUUGCAUAAUAUUGGGUCGCAGCGCUACCAAUCAUAUACAAUUUCUCUGAUUGAAAAUGAUCAUAAGCUAGGCAUGUCUUUCUUUGAGUUUGCAAUGCAUAUGUUUCUGCUUGAGUGCCAUUAAGUUUGUGAUGCAACUUGGGAAUUACACCCUCUCCACAGCAAGAGAUCGAGGUGCUGGAGCUGAACCAAGACGGCUGCCUGAAAGCGGAAUACGAGCCAGACACUACCCUCGCGUGGACCCCAGAGCAGGCCCUGAAAUGGCAGCCGGAGCGGGAAUUGGCGCUGUGUCGGGAAAACGCGAAGCUGAUCGGGGAAAUCCGCAUGUUCGAGCGAAAAUUCGGGUUUCAGUACAGCGUCAAGUAGGAACACUUGUGUUCAUCUUGCAUUAAGUGCUGGUCGUGCAGCAACGAACUGAUGCAGCAAGCUUGAGUAAUUACGAAUACUUCUACUUACUUUUUACAAGAACCUAAUACAAGAGGAAGAGCAACCAUGUUAUUUACGUUUAGCAACUACAGUUUUACUUAGCAUCAUUUUAGCAAACGGAAAUCCACAACUAGAGUCGGAAUGUCAUAUCUCGAAAAAAUUGAAAAAGAUCUUUAGAAGCUGGCUCGCCCCUCGCGAGGGCGACGUUAGCUGAAGAUACGUGACCAUAAACAUCACAGCCAACGUAUUCAGAAAAGCCGUAAUAGUACAAUUACAACUUCUAUGAAUAUGAAGUAGCCGUUACAACAGUUUUGUGAUAUACAGUUUUGUUGACCGCUCCACUAUGAAAAUUAUAAAAGUCUUCACUACCCAUCAGACACAUCACUUAGAGCCCUACGUCUUAAUACCGCAUUGAAAUGAAGUUAGAGAAGUGUUAGAUACAGUUACCUUAGGAUACCGCUCGGAAUAUUACGAAUAGAAAAUUUAGACGUACUACAAAAUUUCUUUACCAUUCGCCUCAACUGUUUUGAAACAAAUGAAACCUCAAUGAACCUGCUGCCAAAUAGACGACUUCUACUACACAAAACUCUACCGUGGCUCUGUCCGCAACCUAUGAUCUUCAUGAUGGAGGCCUUCACACAAGAAUAGAAUAACUAGCACAAGACAGCCUAUUAGUCAGAUAGGACGAAGACCACGAGGAGCGCCACCUUGUCGCGUCGACGUCCACGAUGACAUAAUCAAUUUUUUCGGAAUAUGAUUUUUUCGAAAGUAGAAGGUGAAGGAAACAAGAAAAAACAUCAACAAAAGUACCGAUAGCAUAGCAACCAAGAAUAAUUUUUUUCCACUUCAGUUCUCGCUAUCUGUGUCCAUCGCUUGGCAUUCGCCCAAUGCCGCUAAAAUUUGUGAUGCGACCCGGGUACAGAGCUGAAGAUGGUGAAAAUUCUCAUUGAUAAAUCUUCGAUAUAGGUAGUUUUAUUAUAGCAAAUUGGUAGAAGUGUAAAUAAUUUAGGCAAGGUUGAUGUAGUGAGUCAGAAGAGGCAGGAGCGCCUGGAAGUUGACUACGGCGAAGUAGAAGCAUCAAAGUCUGCAUAGCGUGAUCUCCCGAACAAGAGGCGGGGAGGUUUCAUGGGCAGGAGAUCUUAUUUGUUUGUUUAGAUUUGUUGAAGACCCCUUUACAAUAUCUUGUCGAAGUUACACUUUCAAAAGUUUUUUACCUUGUGUCAACUACACUCUGUCUCUUUCGGAGGGUAGAGAUAGGCAAGUUGUGAAGUGAAAAAGACCACACCCCUAGCAGUAGCACGAGAACCACUAGAAGAAGCGGGAGACGAGCUACAGCCACUUCGAAAAUAAAGUGCUAGAAGGUGUACUGGCCUGCUCUCAUCGUCACCUCCCCAAAGAAAUGCAGGACCACUUCAGGGGCGCGCAUGGAGGAGCGGUCGGUGAUGAGGAAAUAAAAAGACGUCGACAACUCUAGACAAACAGCGAGGACGCUGCUGCUGCUACUACUGGGGCCGAGUUCUUGUUGCAACAGCUCUACUAGAAGCUUGUAGCCAGCCAUCAACAUCAUUGUCGACGGGGAGGUCAGGAGGAUUAUAGAUCUACAAAAUGAAUGUGUACAAAAGUUUAGGAUCGCAUCAGGCGACACAGUGGAAGACGAACAG